UAGAGGUUUUGUUUACUGCGUAGAGGAGAGGAUCCAAAGUGGGUGUGUGUGCACAGUGCACACAGAGUCUUGUUGCUGGAAGUUGAACACUUACACAGAGUCUUGUUCUUCCUUUUCAAUGGCAAUGGAUCUCAAUGAUUACAAAAUCAUUAAGGAGGGUGAAGCUGAGAUUCUCAUGCAACCCGAGAAUGAAGUGUUCUAUAACAAAGCCCAGGUUAAUAACAGGGAUAUGUCAAUUGCUGUGUUGAGGGCUUUUAUUUUGAAACGAAAGCAAGAGCAUGAAGCAAUGUUGUUGUCUAAGAGAACAAAAGCAGCUAAAAAGGUAUCAGAAAGUUGUUUUUCUGAGCAUGUUGUGGAAGAUGGACCUCAAACAUCUCUGCCUGAAGAUGGGGAGUGUGGAGCACAGGAGGAGAUAUCUCCUGAAGAACCGGGCAGCAUGAGAGAAGAACCAAUCAAAACCGCUGAAGAAUGCGAUGCUGAAGGAGAGUCAAUCAAUGUUUCAGAAGGAAAAGCUCAGGGGGAACUGAAGCCACUGAGAGUUCUUGAGGCUUUAUCUGCUUCUGGGUUAAGGGCUCUCAGAUAUGCUCGUGAAGUAGAAGGGAUUGGGCAGGUUGUUGCUCUGGACAAUGAUAAAGCUUCUGUGGAGGCAUGUAGAAGGAACAUCAAAUUCAAUGGAUCAGUCGCAUGCUCAAAAGUGGAGUCUCAUCUUGCUGAUGCUCGUGUAUAUAUGUUAACCCACCCGAAAGAAUUUGAUGUGGUUGAUCUUGAUCCUUAUGGUUCACCUUCCGUGUUUCUGGAUUCAGCAGUUCAAUCUGUUGUUGAUGGCGGUAUGCUGAUGUGUACUGCAACAGAUAUGACAGUGCUCUGUGGGGGGUACGCGGAGGUCUGCUAUUCAAAAUAUGGAUCAUACCCACUGAGAGGAAAGUAUUGCCAUGAAAUGGCUUUAAGAAUCCUUCUGGCUUCCAUCGAGAGUCAUGCAAAUCGUUACAAGCGAUAUAUUGUUCCAGUUCUAUCUGUUCAAAUGGACUUUUAUGUUCGUGUUUUUGUUCGCAUAUACACGUCUGCAAGUGCGAUGAAAAACACUCCCCUGAAGCUUUCAUAUGUUUAUCAGUGCACUGGCUGUGAUUCUUUCCACCUCCAGCCCAUUGGGAGGACCAUUUCUAAGAAUAAUAGUGCCAGAUAUCUACCUGGACACGGUCCUAUUGUUCCUCAAGAAUGCACUCAUUGUGGGAAGAAAUUCAACAUGGGCGGGCCUAUACGGUCCGCUCCAAUCCAUGAUCAAGAAUGGGUGACAUCUAUGCUUGCAGAUGUGAAAUCUAUGAAGGACAGGUAUCCUGCUUAUGAUCGCAUAAGUGCUGUGUUGACUACAAUAUCAGAGGAACUGCUACAUGUUCCCCUGUUUUUGAGUCUGCACAAUCUCGGUGCAACACUUAAAUGCACUUCUCCAUCUGCAGUUGUUUUUCGUUCUGCUGUGAUCAAUGCAGGCUAUCUUAUAUCUGGAACUCAUGCUAGUCCAUUGGGACUGAAAUCAGAUGCACCCAUGGAUGUUAUUUGGGAUAUAAUGCGCUGCUGGGUAAAAACUCAUCCUGUGAAAGCUCAACCAGCAGAUCUACCAGGAAGUGUCAUACUUUCAAAGGAACCUGUUCUCCAGGCUAAUUUUGCUCGUGCUGUGGCGUCUCUCAGUAAGGCUCAAGUUAAGAAGGUUGCUCGCUUUCUUCCAAAUCCUGAAAGUCACUGGGGUCCUAAACUUAGGGCAGGACGUCAGAUCACUAGCAAGCAUGUAUCUAUUUUGGGUCAAGCAGCAGUUGAUGUAGCUCUCAACCAGGAAAACAACGAAGAAUCUAAAAGCAAGAUACAGAAGACAGAAGAUAAUAUCACAGCUUAGCUCACAAUUGACUCAGGUUUUGUUUAUGAAACUAUUUUAUCAAUCUUGGGGUCCUACAGUUCUAUAUCAAGGUUAACAAAGAAAGCUAACUGUUGUCACUUUUAUUUUAUUUAUUUGGUCCAAUCCUAUUUGUUGUCACUACAUUUUUGUAAAUAGUAGAGUGAGUGAUUCCUUAAUGCACUUUCACCAAAUUAAAUUAGGUAUUGCACCUUGGUUUUGCUUCGUUCUGGAAAUUGCAUUAGAGUGAGUGAUUCCUUGAUGACA